GAAAUUGUGAGAAACUUCAAAAUAACUGUGCUUAAGCAAAAAAUACCUUUCUUGAAGAAGGAAACAGGAACGUAUGUGAUUCCAUUCACGAUGGGACCCAUCGGCGGACGAUAUUCGAUCAACGCGGUGCAACUUACUGAUAGUCCUUUUGUGGUGUUGAAUAUGAGAUUAUUAACACGAGUAUCGUCAUCUAUAUGGGAUGCGAUGGGUAACGCGGAUUUCGUACGAUGCGUGCAUUCUAUGGGAAGGGCCCGCCCCAUUACCGUUGUGAACAAGUACAACUCGAGCGUCCACAGCAUUUGUUUCUUGCGAUGUCGGCCUUCGGUGUCACCGCAUCGAGUCAAAUCGAAUGAAGUAAAACACUACAGGUUGAUCCAGUGCAACUACUUUAUGCAGGACAGCUUCUACUCUAUCGCUCUCUACCAUUGUUUUUUUCUGGUGACAAUCCAUUUUUCAUCAGUCGGGUUGUGGCACCAGAUCUGUUACAAUCUCUUUUAA